CUUUUGAUUCAUCAAAAAAUGAAAUGUUUAGAAUGCGGGCAGCUCUUAUGUGGACAAUUAGUGAUUUUUUGGGACUCGGUAUCUUAUCUGGUUGGAACACAUAUACCGGUUUUGCAUGUCCAUCUUGUAAUUUUGACAUGAAACCUUGUCGACUUACUCAUAGUAGAAAGUGGUGCUUUGUUGGUCAUCGUCGAUUUUUGGCAAGAAAUCAUAAAUUCAGAUUAAUGAGGAAUCAUUUUGAUGGAAUUGUAGAAGAAAGAAACCCCCCCCAAAAGUUAUCUGGAUCUGAUAUUUUGCAACAAGUGACAAAUAUUAAUGUUAAAUUUGGAAGAUAAGAAAAUUUGAAUGAUAAAAUAAAAAGAAAAAGAAAAGAAAAUAGACAAAGCAGAGUGGGUGAAAGUUCAACUAAACAGUGGAAGAAAAAAAGCAUAUUCUUCAAUCUUCCUUAUUGGGAAUCCAACUUGUUGCGUCAUAAUUUAGAUGUUAUGCAUAUUGAAAAAAAUGUUUUUGACAAUAUUAUUCACACUCUGUUAAAUGAUAGAGAAAAGUCAAAGGAUCACAUUGAAGCUCGAAAAGAUCUACAAGAUAUGGGUAUAAGGGAAGACCUUUGGGCAGAUGAGAAUGGUGAUUUUUGGCUUGGUGCAUUUACAAUUCCAAAGGAUAAGAAAGUGACCUUCCUUACAACUUUAAAGAAUAUCUUAAUGCCCGAUGGUUAUUCGAGUAAUAUAUCUCAUUGUAUACAUCUAGAAUCAAAGAGGAUCUUUGGAUUUAAAAGUCAUGAUUGUCACAUCAUUAUGGAACAAUUACUACCGAUAGCAAUUCGCAAUGUGCUUCCAAAUCAAGUUGUAGCAAUUUUGGUAGAGUUCUGUUCCUUUUUUAGACACAUUUGUCUGAAAAACUUGAGCCUCAUGGACAUUGAAAAACUACAAAAACGGAUUGUUAUCACUCUUUGCCACCUAGAGAUGUUGUUCCUUCCAUCCUUUUUUACUGUAAUGGUUCAUUUAACUGUCCAUUUAGUGGACGAAGUAAUACAAGGUGGUCCAGUACAUUAUCGAUGGAUGUAUUUUGUUGAAAGAUUGUUAGGUCAUUUCAAGUCACUUAUAGGGAACAAAUCACAGGCAGAAGGAUGUAUAGCUGAAGGUCAAAAAAUUGAAGAAGCUCUAACUCUUUAUUCUCAUUAUUUUGAGGAUAUAGAAUCGAGGGUAAACAGUCCUAAACGAGUAAAUGAUGAAACAAAUCAUGAUGAAGUUCCUGAAAGGUCAUCUAUGUUCCCUCGACAAGUGAAUUUAGGCAACACAUUAAAAGGAGUUCAAGAGGCAGAAAACCUUCGGUAACAGAGGUAGAAAAGAGAAA